GACUUCUUGCUGCAUAUAUAUACAUCCUGCGCUUGUCGCUGCUGUAGGAGUUCCGUCUCUGCUUCAGCCAGAUGAGCAUGAGGGUUCUGGUCGCCUUACUCUUGGUCGCCUUGGUGGCGGCGCAGAAGGAUGGCGAAGCUGAACCCACAUCCAGCAAAAUCAAACCACACUCCCAUACAUAUCCUUCGGGUUAUGGUUACGGCCACACCUACCCCUACGGUCACUACAAUCAUGGAUAUCCCUACUACUACGGCCACACAUACCCUUAUUAUUACGACCAGCCAUACAGUUACGGCUACGGCUACUCGAUCCACUAUCCAGGAGGUCACUCGUACGUGCACCAGAGCAAUGUGGUCAAGAGGGAGGCACAGCCCAUGGACCACGGCACAAAAUCCCUCAAGCAUCCCACUUAUAUGUACAGCUACAAGCACUACCCCAACACCUACUACUACCCCUAUGGUUACAAUUAUGGUUAUGGCUAUUGGAACCCGCACAAUUAUGGUUACGGCUAUUGGAACCCGUAUGGUUAUGGUUAUCAUCACCCAUACCACAGACGUUCCUACGGAUACGGAUACAAGUACACUGCAAGCUAAAGGAAACAGAUUCUCCUGUAAAAGCCACCAUCUCAAUAUGACGAUCUUACCCGCACGCUAAAUUCACUGCCGGCAAUCUUAGGCCCCCUCCCCUAAAGGAAUAUUGCACAGUAGCCUCUAGAUUAUGUAACGUAUUGUACUUAUCAAGGCUUCCUUCUAUUCUUUCAGAUUCAAUUAGUCAAAAUUCGUAAAUCAUAGUACCCUAGUUUAUACCUGGCAAGAAAAAUUUCCAAACUUCAUAGUGUUGCAUGAUGAAUGUGGCUUAAUUGCCGAUCAGCCACCUAUGCCAAUAAUAAAGGGGACACUGUGUCUUCUCGUGAUUCAGUAAGCCAUAAUCCAG